GGUCCCCGCGGGGCAGAGCGCCGGUCCCUCGCCGAGCAUCGCCCUCGCUCCGUCCGCCGCCGCCUGUCUCCCAGCACCGCAGCCAUGGCAAACGUAGGGCCAGCCUAUGGCAUGAGCAGGGACGUGCAGUCCAAGAUCGAGAAGAAGUACGACGACGAGCUGGAGGCCCGGCUGGUGGAGUGGAUCGUGGCGCAGUGCGGGGAUUCUGUGGGGCGCCCCGAGCGCGGCCGCCUGGGCUUCCAGGUCUGGCUGAAGAACGGCAUCGUGCUCAGCAGGCUGGUGAACAGCCUCUACCCCUCUGGCUCCAAGCCCGUCAAGAUCCCCGAUGCGCCGCCCACCAUGGUCUUCAAGCAGAUGGAACAGAUUGCCCAGUUCCUGAAGGCGGCCGAGGACUAUGGAGUGGUCAAGACAGACAUCUUCCAGACCGUGGACCUGUUUGAAGCCAAGGACAUGGCAGCGGUGCAGAGGACGCUGAUGGCCCUGGGCAGCCUGGCAGUCACCAAGAACGACGGCAACUACCACGGGGACCCCAACUGGUUCAUGAAGAAAGCUCAGGAGCACAAGCGGGAGUUCACCGAGAGCCAGCUGAAGGAGGGCAAGAACAUCAUCGGGCUACAGAUGGGCAGCAACAAGGGAGCGUCACAGGCGGGCAUGAGCUACGGCCGGCCCCGGCAGAUCAUCAGCUAGGCUCUGCCGCGCCGCCCCCAGCCCUCCCCAGCCGGGACCCCCGUCUCCGCUCCCC